AUGAGUUAUUUUAAUAAAAAGAUAAUGAAUCGUAUGAACCGAAAUGAGGGGGAACCCUUUUUUCAAAAUAAUAACGAUAAUAAAAAUGAUAACAAUAAUAAUAAUUUAUAUAUAAAUAAAAAAAAUUAUGAUAAUAAUUAUAAUAUAAAUAAUGUUAAUAUCCCUAACAACCCUUUUCAAAAUAAUGACUACUUAAAUGUUGAAGGGAUUAAUAAAAUAGAUACAAAUAUUAUGCAUAAUAAUUUCAUAAAUAAUAAUAAUAUUAAUAAUAAUAAUAAUAUAAUUGACACGAAUCCAUUUGGAAAUACAACAAAUAUAAAUGAUAAUAAUACAAUCAAUAAAGAUCCAUUUUCAAACAAUUUUCAUAUGAACAAUAAAAAUAAUAUCAACGAUAAUAUGAUUAAUAAAAAAUAUAUAACAAAUGAUGAUAAUGAAGAAGAAUUACCAUUGUUAGAAGAACUCGGAAUUAAUUUUGAUCUCAUAUCUAAAAGAAUGAAAUCUGUUUUUUUAUUUUAUAAAAUUGAUCAUACAUUAUUUGAGAACUCAGACUUGUCUGGACCUUUAAUAAUUGUUCUUUCUUUAGGAUUUAUUUUAUUACUAGCUGGAAAAGCUUCUUUUAGUUAUAUAUAUUUGAUUGGUAUUGUUAGUAGCUUAAGUAUAUAUUUACUUCUUAAUAUGAUGAGUCAGAAUUCAACUGUGGAUUUAUAUCGAACCAUUAGUAUGCUUGGUUAUGCUCUAUUACCUUUAGUCAUAUUAUCUUUAAUAUCUAUUAUUAUUAAUUUAAGAUCUAAAAAAGGAUAUUGUAUAUCAUUUUUUUGUAUUUUAUGGUCAGCUUUAACAGCUUCUCGAUUUUUUGAAGUGGCACUGCGCAUGAACAGUCAAAGAUACCUUGUGGCUUAUCCUAUAUUUUUAUUAUAUUCAUGUUUUGCCUUAAUUAUAAUUUUUUAG